UCCAGUGGUCGAAUCCAUCGCAGGCAGCGAGUCUCGGGCACGGUCUCUGGUUUGUGCAGGGACAGUUUGAACGUCGUUCUUUCACUUCAUACAUACUUAAUUUGGCUGUCUAGCGCUAGUGCCACUCAUUAUCGACGUAUACUUGUGACUUCCAACGCUCUCUCUUUUCAGCUGAACGUAAUGGGCAAGAAAAAAUCUGGUAAGUGGCAAAAGAAUGAAGGUCGAACGGUCUUGGGAUCCGACGACGAAGCCCUUUAUUCGGAUUUGGAGCAGCCCGAUGAGAAAUCGAACGAUCACCUGCAAGACGCGGUGGACGCAUUUCAUGCUGACCGCGAUAAGGUGCUGCUCGAUGAUUCGGACGCCGAUAGCUCGUCAGGGCAAGAGGAAGAAGUUCUUUCGUUAGGCGAAGACGAUGAUGACAGCGAUAAUGACCUCGAUUUGGACGAGUCCGAAGACGAACUUGGCCCAAUUAGCGAGGCCCAUGCGAGGAGUCUCCAAAAGGACGAUAUGGCAAGCGACAUCGAAGAUGAAGAAGAUGGCCUGCCUGACGUGAAAGCGUGGGGAAAGAAGAAAUCGACCUACUACCACACAGACUUCGUCGAUGAAGACUACGCAGGUAUCACCGAGGAUGCAGCCGAGCUUGCAAGACUAGAAGAACAAGAAGCCCGUGCACUUCAGAAGCGGCUUGUCGAGCAACUGGACGAGGAAGACUUUGGACUCGAUUUAUUCCAGCUGCCAAAAGAAGACACUGCAGAGGUGUCCGAGAAGAUUUCAAAGGACUUGUCAAAACUUUCCAAGCGGGAGAAAUUGAAGUUGCUAUCCAAAGACAGCGCGGAACUGCUUGAGCUUGUGGACGACUUCAAGGCGAAGAUGAUAGAGCUACGAGACACAAUUUUGCCCCUGGCCAAACUGGUUGAUAGUGGAAAGGUUAUCUCCAUGCCAGCAAUUGAGUACGUCAACCUGAAGAGACAGCUCAUUGUACAGUACUGCACAAACAUUACCUUCUACAUGAUCCUGAAGGCCAAACGAGUGCCUGUCGCAAACCACCCUGUGAUCAAAAGACUCAUUUCCUUCAGAAACCUUCUGAAGCAACUGGAGCCAGUAGACAAACGGCUGGCCACUGAAGUGAACAUAUUGUUGGACAAGUUAUCGAAGGGUGAAGACAUUGUGCCAUUGACUGCAUCAGCAACAAAGCCACAGCAAAAGCCUAAACUAAGGAUCACUCAACAGGUGCAGUCAAAUGCAUCUGGCAGCACUAAAGAAGCUCCAAAAGGAAGUCCAGUGAAACAGGACAAGAAGCGCAAGAACACUGAGGAGGAGCAGGCGAUCCUCGACAUGUACGCAGAGAUGCGGAAAAAGUCGCGGUUCGAGGGUAGCUCUGGCAGCGAGGAGGAAGAGGAAGAAGAUGUCGAGCUGGAGCCUUUUGAUGGUGAGGAUCAAGAACAACUUGAAGACGAGGAAGAGGGUGGAGAUGACAGGCGUGGCAUCACAUACCAGAUUGCCAAGAACAAGGGCCUGACAGCCAAGCGAAAGAAGGAGUACCGCAACCCACGUGUGAGGCACAAGAUGAAGUACCGCAAGGCAAAGAUCAGCAGGAAGGGACAGGUACGAGAGGUGAGGACGGAGCUUCAGAAGUACGGUGGAGAGUUGUCCGGCAUCCGUGCCGGUGUGACACGCAGCAUCAAAAUGAAGUGAAGGGAGGACCUGUGAUCUGCCAAAUUAUUUCUUGUGACAAGCUGUUGAUGAAGAGGUGCUUUUGGUUGACAUUUUUUUUUUGUUGUUGUUUCAGAUGGAAAAUAUAAAAAAACUU